GGAUCCGUAAGGUCACAUGGGCUGUAGCAGGUCCUGAAAACUCUACCAGUGGCUUUAAAGUCUCAAAUAGCUAAGAGAAUGAACUGAAGGGGCACAUUCAGCAACACACAUUUAAAGACGGGUCUGGGGCCAGCCCAGUCCGGCGAGAUGCGCUGGUGGGCGCGUCUGGUGGCGCUGGCCGUCGCUGUCACCAUCAUCCUGGCUAGCCUGAGCUUCUGGACCCGCUGCGGCGACGAGCGGACCUCGGCCGGUCAUGACGCCCGGCCGCCAGACCGUGCCUCCGCCCUUUCCCAGAUGGACUUUCAGCUGACUGAUUUUGACAAGAUGUCGGACUUGAAAUGCACUAUCAACGAUGAAUACUCCAUUGACUGCAAAUCAUCCGAGAAAGAAGUAUAUUUCCCUUUCACAUUCAUCAAGAAAUAUUUUGAGGUAUAUGGGGAGCUGUCGGAGGAGCGGGGCCGGCGCGUCUUCAAGUGGUCGCACAGCUACGGCAAGAUAUUUCCUCCUGCUGAGCCGUACCGACCGGACGGAGAGUUCAUGUACUUCGGCUCCUACAGCGUCGAGAAGCGUGACCGGGUCAAGUGUGUCAGCGGAGAGCACG